CAUGCGUACUACCAUCUAGCGGCUCCAGAAUAGUGAGAAUCGGUGGGAGUUAGCAAGCUGUGUAAUGGCGGCCUCGGUGUUGCUGUCUGCGGAGAACACCGGACUUACUUUUGCGUUCGGCAAUUCUGGAACUGUAGGGGCUCCCGGGAAUGGAGUAGGGGUACCGGUUCCUGUACCUUGGAAUCGGUCACUGGACAGGGCAUUAGACGAAGCCUCCGCAACUGGUUGCCUCAACCUCAGCGGCAGGAAACUGAAGGAGUUCCCGAGGAGCGCCGCCAACCACGACCUCACAGACACAACUCGGGCCGACCUGUCCCGUAACCGUCUGCCAGAGCUGCCCGUGGAGGUGUGUAUGUUUGUUUCUCUGGAACACCUGCAGCUCUACCAGAACUGCCUGCGCUCGCUGCCUGAGACUCUUCUCAAUCUCCAGGCCCUCACCUACCUGAACAUAAGUCGGAACCAGUUGUCGACCCUGCCCAGUCCGGUGUGCAGUCUGCCGUUGAAGGUCCUGAUCGCUUGUAACAACAAGCUGGUCUCCCUUCCCGAAGAGCUCGGCCAACUACGACAGCUCACAGAACUGGACGUGAGUUGUAAUGAGAUCCAGACACUGCCUCCUCAGGUUGGUCGACUGGACUCGCUGCGAGACCUUAACAUCCGCCGCAACCACCUGGCCCGCUUGCCCCCAGAGCUGGCUGCGUUGCCACUGGUGCGUCUGGACUUUUCUUGUAACAAGGUGACGUCCAUCCCUGUGUGUUACCGCAACCUGCGCCACCUACAGAGCAUCGUGCUGGACAACAACCCACUACAGAACCCACCCGCACAGAUUUGUAUAAAGGGGAUGAUCCAUAUAUUUAAGUAUCUGAACAAUGAGGCCAGCAAGACUACACCUGAUCUCCCAGACUACGACAGGAGACCCCUGGCCUUCGGAUCCUGUGUGGAGGAGCUGUACCCUGGCCGGCCAUAUGGCGCACUGGACUCUGGCUUCAACAGCGUGGACAGUGGAGACAAGAGAUGGUCAGGCAACGAGCCCACGGAUGAGUUGUCGGACCUGCCACUGCGUGUGGCAGAGAUCACCAAAGAACAGAGACAGCGGAGGGAAAGGGAGGAGCACAGGACAACUGGCUCCCAUCCUGUGACCAACGGCACAUUAGAGGCAGAGCUGGAGCAGAUCGACUUUAUAGACAGUUGUACAGGAGAGGAGGAGGAAGAGGAGGAGGGUAGGAGAAGAGAAGUAGCAGAAACCAUCAGCCUCAGUUCCCAGUUCAUGGCUUACAUUGAGCGCCGCGUCACCAGAGAGGGCUCUCCAGUGAAGUCCAACUCCUCCAGAGACUCGAGGACAGACGACCCGAGGCGACACAAUUCUCUGCAGAACAGGACUGCACAUGAUCCAGCCUCUUCUGCCUCUCAUAAUCAGAGAGGGUCAGGGGCCAGGGUUGGUGUUGGUGCCGGUCCGUGCGGGGCGCCGGGUGGGGGCGUGGAGCGCGUGCGGAGGAUGGCCCAGUUGGCCGCCCUGCGGUACGAGGAGGAGAGGCAGAAGUCGCGAUCAGUGCAGCGGGACACCGUCAUGACCUACGUCAAGCACAAAGCAUCUCAAAGCCCUACAAAGCUGAGUCCCACAGAGAACGAGAACGCGUACCCCUCCAGGCGUUCYACCCACACGGACGACUCAGCCCUCUUCAUGCAGGGCGAGGAUCGCUCCUCCUCCCUGUCUCCCACAGCCCUCCAAUCACCUUCUUACCCYGGACCUGUUGCCCCGCCCUCCUGCCAGGGGCCCGCCCAGCGGCCAGACAGCUUCUUGUUUYGCCUCAGCCAGAAGGAAGAGCAGAGGAGAGGUAUGUCACCGGAUCACAACCUCUGGAUCUUGCUGCAUGGCCUUGGGAGCUUUCAGAAGAGAGUGUUGGUGAUGGUGCCUGCCCCCAGGCCGGAGCUGAGAGGUGACCCCUACCCAGCCUCAAGGCCCCAUGGGAGAGGGCUGCUCUUGGGAGCAACUGCGGAAGGUGAACAACACCCGACAAACAGAUUCUCCCCCUUUUGA